CAUUAUGUACACUUCAAGGUUGACUUGCUUGUGUCACUGAACUUUCAAACGGUAACACGUUCAAAUUCAGCUCCACAUACCGGGAUUUUACACCUAUCGAGAUGUAGUCUUUUUUGAGAUUGAACUACAAGCGGAUUUAGUCCAAAGAUGACCCACUGAAAAACUCCUCUCCAAUCAAAUUGCUGCCUAAUAAUGUCUGUUGGGAUCGUUUAUGGUGAUCAGUAUAGACAGCUGUGUUGCAGCUCACCUAAGUUUGGCGACAGAUACGCCUUGGUCAUGGAUUUGAUCAAUGCAUACAAACUCAUUCCAGAACUUUCUCGUGUGCCUCCCCUACAGUGGAAUUCACCUGGUCCUAUGUAUGAAGUAGUGACUGCCUUUCACUCUACAGAAUAUGUUGAUGCUCUUAAAAAAUUACAAAUGCUUCACUGUGAGGAGAAAGAAUUGACUGCUGAUGACGAGUUACUUAUGGAUUCAUUUAGUCUGAAUUAUGACUGCCCUGGUUUUCCUAGUGUUUUCGAUUAUUCGUUAGCUGCUGUUCAAGGUAGUUUAGCUGCAGCUAAUGCUUUAAUCUGUCGUCAUUGUGAGGUCGUUAUCAACUGGGGCGGUGGGUGGCAUCAUGCCAAAAGAAGUGAAGCUUCUGGAUUUUGCUAUUUAAAUGAUGUCGUCUUGGCCAUCCAUCGACUGGUCUCAUCAACCCCACCAGAAAUUUCACCCAACAGACAAACACGAGUAUUGUAUAUUGACCUUGAUCUCCAUCAUGGUGAUGGAGUAGAAGAAGCUUUCUGGUAUAGUCCUCGUGUAGUUACGUUCUCUGUACAUCAUGCCUCUCCUGGUUUCUUUCCCGGUACAGGCACCUGGAAUAUGGUCGACAAUGAUAAAUUACCGAUUUUCCUAAAUGGCGCUGGUCGUGGCAGGUUCUCAGCAUUCAAUUUGCCACUAGAAGAAGGCAUCAAUGAUUUGGACUGGUCAAAUGCUAUUGGCCCUAUACUUGAUUCUCUUAACAUAGUUAUUCAACCAAGUUAUGUUGUAGUUCAAUGCGGAGCCGAUUGUUUAGCUACUGAUCCACAUCGAAUAUUUCGUUUAACUAAUUUUUACCCUAAUUUAAAUUUAGAUUCAGAUUGCGACUCAGAAUGUAGUUUAAGUGGCUAUUUGUACGCUAUUAAGAAAAUUUUAUCAUGGAAAGUUCCAAUUUUAAUACUUGGAGGUGGUGGCUAUAAUUUUCCGGAUGCAGCCAGACUAUGGACAAGAGUUACAGCUCUGACAAUUGAAGAAGUUAAGGGUAAAAAGUAUGUUGCUUUCAAAAUUUCCUAGUUCUUAAUCUAUUUUCUGGUAAUGAUACGUUGUCUCGUUUUAGAGAAUUGAUAGGUAACUCACUAGGUUUAUCAUCGAAGACUUAGUUCCAACUAAUCUGUCUUCUUGAUUCUGUAUUAUACAGAAUUUUGUAAAUUUAUUACAAGUUUGGUGCGUGCCAUCACCAAUCUGACUUAACAGAACAGCGAAGUAAUUUGAUUUUUUACCGGUAUUUGUUAUUAAAAUGUCUAUCUUAUUAUGGCGUGAAGCUAGUGAAUUGUUGAGUUUCUUUUAACACGUAAUCAUAAUAUAAGAUACCACUGAUAUUUAUUUGUCUUAAUUAGAAAGCUUAAAAUUACGUAGGCACUUUAGUACACUUGUACGAAACAGUGCUUAUCGUUAACAUGGAAUUUAUUCAAUUUCUUAUUGUCCUUAUGGUAAAUAUUCAAAGCUCGGAUUUCAAAUAUUUUUACAUUUCUAUCACUUCCCAAAUUUUCAUUAAUUCUAGUCAAAAUUUAUGAUAUCAGUCUAGACGCCUAAUUUGAUACGACAACCUUAUAAUGUAGCCUUUUUCAAGGAAAACCAUAUAUAAAUUAAUGGAAAAUCUCUUUCCAUUCAAAAUACGUGCUAUACUGAGGUUGUAGCCUUAUUUCAAUUUACCAACUUUAUUUUAGUCUUUAGUUACAUUUCAAUUUUUAAUUUAAGUAAAACCAAGACCAUCGUGAACGGUAUGACUAACAGUUACUGAUUAUUACUAUACCUUAAAGUUAUAAAUGAUUCUUUUUCGCGUCUCUUUAUUAUUACAGGAUGACACUUCCCCCUGAAAUUCCAGAACACUCCUACUUCUCUCGUUAUGGUCCGGAUUUCGAACUAGACAUUGAUUAUUUUCCACACAAAAGUCAUAAUAAAACACUUGACAGUAUACAGAAACAUCAUCGUCGUAUACUUGAACAGUUACGUAAUUAUGCUGAUUUAAAUAAAAUGAUUUAUGACUAUGAUAAAGUGUAUCAAUUAUAUAAUUUAACUGGUAUGUAAAAUGUAGCUAUAAAUUUAUCCUCUGUUUACCAUGGAUUUAUUGUUCCAAACGUUUUUAGUGAUGCGAUUCUACAGUUUUAUCUCUGUAAAGAAAAAUACAUAUAUGCUGCUAUC